UAUCAUUAGCUUUUUUUUCUUCGAGUUGAUUAUUAGUUUUUAUUUUAAUAUUCCUUCUUUUUUCUUCGUGGAUUGCCACUUGACAUGCAUGAUUACAUUUAAAAUGCAGUCACGCCCAAAUUUGCCGACUACAAAUAUCAUUUUUUAAAGAAAAGCUUCGGUUUCUUUAGUUUUUUUUGUCUUCACGGGUAGGUAACUCUUCGCCGGCAACAAGGCCUCAGAAUUGCAGACUUCUCCAUUUGCAGCCGUAUCACCUUAAAGUGUCAUUUUCAAGAUUGCGAGUUUGGAGCUACUAAGAUUGUUGAUGCUUGUGAAAGUUUAAGCUUUGACGUGAAAUGGUGUCAAAUAGCAAUGGAGGCGUAGCAGAUUUUAAGGGAGAUUAUGCCGUAAAUGUGACUGGAAAUGGUUUAAAAGAUUUUAAUAGCCAUGCUGCUGCUCUUGACAUUUCAACUUCUCGAAAGGCUCUGCUGCGUAGUGGCAGUAGCAGUGGUGGUAUAGAGAAACAGAAUAAGUCGAAAAUUUAUCCUAGUAGACUAAGUAUUUUGAGGCUCAGUUCUGAUGGCAGUAUACCUUCUCCAACGGCUAAAUUCCGGAAGAUUGCAGAGGACAGAGAUGAGAUAUCAAGGUCUGUACCUUCUUCCAGUAGCCAAGGAUUCCGAGAACGCUUCAGUGGAAUUAUAGCUCAGAAACUUGAUUGGGAGUAUUUAUGGAAAACUGGCAGAAAUUGGAUCAAGAAUCCCUUCAACAUGGCGUUAUUUUUAUGGAUUACUUGUGUUGCAGUCUCGGGAGCAAUCCUUUUUCUAGUAAUGACCGGAAUGUUAAACCAUGCACUGCCAAAGAAAUCACAGAGAGAUGUUUGGUUUGAAGUGAAUAAUCAAAUCCUCAAUGCUCUGUUUACACUAAUGUGCCUAUACCAACACCCAAAACGCUUCCAUCACCUUGUGCUUCUCUGUAGAUGGAGCCCAAAGGACAUAUCGAAACUCAGAAAUAUAUACUGCAAAAACGGCACUUAUAAGCCGCAUGAAUGGGCUCAUAUGAUGGUGGUGGUUGUUCUACUUCAUUUAAAUUGCUUUGCUCAGUAUGCUCUAUGCGGCCUUAAUUUGGGAUACAGAAGACCAGAACGACCUGUCGUAGGUGUUGCCAUCUGCCUUUCUGUUGCGAUUGCUGCUCCAGCACUAGCAGGUAUCUAUUCUAUUGUUAGCCCCCUUGGGAAGGACUAUAACUCUGAACUUGACGAAGAAGCGCAAGAUACUAUAACCCCCCUCUCCAACGACAUUAAUCAUCUUCGUCGUACUUCUUUGGAGAAGAGAUUCUCAUUUGCAUUAAGAAAUGACGAGAGGAUCAUUGAGCAUGCGCCAUUUUGGAAAGGGGGAUUAUUCGACAUUUGGGAUAAUAUUGCUAUAGCGUAUCUUUCGCUUUUCUGCAGUUUUUGUGUGUUUGGAUGGAACAUGGAGAGACUCGGAUUCGGCAAUAUGUAUGUCCAUAUCGCCACUUUCCUCUUAUUAUGCAUUGCCCCUUUUUGGAUAUUCAACUUGGCUGCCAUUAACAUUGACAAUGAGACUGUCAGACAGGCUCUAGGACUAACCGGUAUAGUUCUCUGUUUGUUCGGUUUACUCUAUGGUGGAUUCUGGAGGAUCCAAAUGCGAAAAAGAUUCAAGUUGCCUGAAAAUAAUGCGUGUUGUGGAAAACCAGCUAUUGGAGAUUGCUGUCAGUGGCUUUUCUGCUGUUGGUGUUCUCUUGCCCAAGAAGUUCGAACAGCGGAUUUCUACGAUAUCGUGGAGAACAAGUUCUGUCAGAAACAGUCGGCUGAGAGUAACCGGCCUUCAAUCUCCCCCUUACCCCAUGAUGCAGUUCAGUUUAUAUAUAACCAAACAUCUCCACUUCAGAGCAGCAUUAGCCUACCUAUCCUUAGUGCUGAUAAUUUUAUGGAGCCGCCUGUUUUGUCCUCAAUACAAAGAGAAGAAGUUACCAACCGAACCAUAUGACGGCUAGAUAGCACAUUUUACGGAGAAAUGCCGAGUCCGACACGGUGAUUCAGGUAGCCUAUAUGUAAUUCAGAAUUUUGAGGCAUUUUUUUAUGCUUCCUCUUAGUUUUGUAUAGUUAAAUUGAGUUUUUGAUGAGUUCAUUUUGGUUGGUUAGUUUAUAAAUGUAUCUGAAUAUCAUUAUUACUCAUAGUCAAAGUUUUCCUGAUCUA